AUGAUCCGCCGGCUACUGUACACGUUGACGCUCGACAAAGCACUCUCCAACAGCGCCUCGUCCUCCUCGUCCUUUGACUGGCAGUACCACCUGCGCCAGCAGUACCUGCUGCGCUCGCGCCCGCACAAGCUUGGUACACACGAGUCCCCACGCGACUGGGCGACACUCUCGCUGUCCGCCAAGGUCAGCGCGCUGCACGACCUGUGCGAGUGGCAGCUACAGGAGCAGCCGGAGCGUUUCCGCAGGCUCCUGAGCAACGACGACGAGGCGCACAUCUGGCAGCGCGUCGAGCCAAUCGGAUGGGACCGCCACGGCAACGCGUACUACCUCUUUGAUGACAACCGCUUGUGGCUCCAGCACCCAGACACGCGCCCGCUGAGCAAGCGCAGGCAAAAGGACGAGCCCGAGCCUGAAUGGCUUGAGGCGCUGCGCGAGGAGGAGCGCCAGCAGGCGCUCGCCAAGUCCGCCAAGGCCAAGGCCAAGGAGGGCAGCGCCACCCCGAAAAUGAGCAGCAAGCGUGCCAGGACGGAGGCGGCGGCCGCUGCGCGCGCGCGAAAGAAGGAGCGCGACGCGCAAGAGGCGGCCGCAGUGGCGAAUGCCAAAAAGAACAAGGGCUUCACUAAGCUCGGCAAGGGAGCUGCUGGAACCGCGUCCCCCAAGGUGCUGCGGCGUGGCUUUGGCGCGCACGGCUUCGUCUCUCCUCCUUUGUCGAAUGCAUUCCCGCCGAAGCGCCUUCCGCUGCGCGCCUCACGCCGUCUGACGUCCGACGACCACAUCAACGCCGACGGCUGGGAGGUCCCGCCGAGAGAGUGGCUCGCUGACGCUAGCGUCGCCGCGGCGGCAGCGGCGGCGUCACCCGUCGAGGAAAUGAGCCGCCAGGGCCGCCGCCUGCGCGCGCGCAAGGACGACGGCCGCAGGAAGAGCACGCGCCAGAGCCGCAGCCGCACCUUUGCUGACGACGGCGACGAGGCCGCGGAGGAGUUCUACACGCUCAUGGAGACGGGCCACCCUGCUCGUGCUGCAGCCAAGUCAAUGUGUGCAGUCAAGAGCGCCGGCCGCGAUGCCGAGGCCGUCGCCUCCGACGAUUCGGAGCUGAGUGCCGAUGAGGGCACUGCGAGCGAUAUGGAGGAGGGAGGGGGGGAGCAGGAUGCCGCGGUCCGCGAGGCUGCUGUCGAAGCCAGAGCUGCUGCCGAGUCUGAAGCGAAAGAGGACGGAGUGGAAGUCGCUGGGCCCGAAGCAAAUGCUGCGGAGGGAUCUUCGUCUACCGAUGCCGAGCUGCCGGAAGAAGCGCAGGGCAAGAAUGCUGCGCCGGAUACUGGCGCGGCGGAAACGGCCCCAUACGGCGACGACGAGGCCAAAAUGGACGUCGAUCGCGAGGGCGGCGCUAAUAGUGAUAGUGGCGCAGCAAGUCAGGGCAUCGACAAGGGCACAGCUGCUGAGCGCCUCGAUGCCGAUGGGGAUGCUGCAAUGGGUCAUGCGGCAGCCGUGGGCGCUGCAAAGAGCGAGGGGCCUGACGCUGCUGAUCUCACUGCUGAGGCUGGGCAGGGGGCCUCUGCUGAGAAGGAAAAGGAAGAUGUGGUGGAGGAGGAAGAGGAGGAUGACACCGACUGGAUCGAAUUCCAAGCGGUUUGUGUCACCCGUCAGGAGUGGGAGGAGUUUGCGGUUAAGUUUGCCAAGUCUCGCCAUCCGGACGAGAAGGCGCUGCACGAGCUACUGCACGAGUCGGUUCUCGAGAAGGUCUUCAGCGACUUUGACGCGCGCGAGAAGGAGAAGGCGCUCGAGAUCGCGCUGGCGGCGCGUAAGCGUAGCUCACGCAUCGCCAUCAAGGAGAGCGAGGCAGCCGAGCGCGAGCGCGAUGCGCAGGCCCGCGCCGAGAUGGAGGCGCGCAUGGCACGCAUCCGCGAGGAGGACGACGCCAAGGCGACCAAGGAGCGUGAGGCGCUUGAGGCGCAGCGCAGCCGCGAGGACCGCAUACGCGAGCGAGAGGAGCGCGCUGCCGCACGAGAGCGCGAGAUCGCCGAGCGGCUCGUGCGCGAUGAGGAGGAGCGUGCCGCGCGCGAACUCGCCAGGGAGGAGCGCAAACGAAAGCGCGAGGCCAUCAUCGCUAACGGCGGUGUCCCCAUUGAUUCGGAGGACGAGGACGGUACUGCAGGAAAGAAGCAAAGGAAGAAGGCAAAUGAGCCAGAGCUGGUGCAGGAGGAUUGGGUGCUCGAAUGCGAGGUGUGCGGCGUCUCGGCCGUCAGUCCGGACGAAGUCCAGCCUAUCACUGCGUGCGAGCAGUGCGGCAAAUGGCAACACAUCGCGUGUUGGGACAAGUUCGACAAGAAGGUCCCGCGCGAGCCGCGCAAGUGGGAUGAAGAAGACUUCUACUGCUCCACCUGUCGGCCUCCGCCCCCCGAAGUGCUCACCCCGGAGCGACAGCGAGACGCAAAGAGAGCCCGUCACAGGGAGAACGCAGCAAGGCGCCGUGCAGCCAAGAAGCAAGCGGAAGCAGAAGCGGCCGCGGCCGGUGCCGCGCUCGGAGGUGUUGCGCAAGCUGGUCUGUCGAAUGGACCCGCUCCAUCAACCGGUGCUGGCGGCAUGUCCAAUGCUGCCCCGCAUGGUUUCAUGCAUUACAGCCCCAUGACUUCCGGUGGCAGUGCUGCGUCUCCCGGCUACAACAGCCCGAUGCCAGCUCAUCACCAUCUUCCGCCGAACGCCCAUCCAGCACCCUCACCCUCACCUCAUUUCGUGUAUCAGCGCCCGCCACAGCGGUUCCCGCCGCAGCAUGGGCAGCAGCAAUACAUGCAUUCGCAGUUACCGAUGCAUGGGUAUUUCCCAGCGCAGCCGCGGCCUCCUCAUCAAGCUUACCCAGCUGGUGCAGAGACUCAUACGCAGCCAAAUAUUACCCCUGGUGCCACUGCCGCCCAGAGAGCGCCUAGAGCUGCAAAUUCGCAGCAGACUCACGCGUUGAAUGCUGGGCAAGCCGCGCCGACAGGUUCGAAUCAACCUCCCGCGGCUGGCAUGCUGCCGCCACCUCGGCCACCCUCGCAGCCGUCGACGCCGGCAUCUGCGCACACUUCGCCGCUGCCCACACACGGCUCUCCCAAUGGCGCCGCCCCACUGCAACAGCAACAGUAUGCUACCCCUUCAACCAUGCGGCUCACUGGCACUGCUGCCUCGCACACGGUUCAGCGCGUACCGUCGGCGAGUGGAAGCAGCCAUCCUGGCUCGUUCCCACUUCGCUACACCCCCAAGCUCUCGCCUCUUUCACAAUCGGUCGACAGCAGCAGUGCGGCAGACGUCCCCGCUGCUCCGUUAGACAUGGGGUCCCGCCGCGCGGUUUCGCCUUCACCCCAGAGAGCAUUCCAAAACCACGGCACUCCCCUUUCAGGGGUCCCUGCUCCCGCUGCAGUUUCUACGGCCAAUGGAGAUGCUGCACUGCCGAAGGCGUCCGCGCUAGGGUUUACCAGGCAGGCUGUUGGCAACGAUCAGGCAGCUGCUUAG